CGCACCGGAAGAGAAGGGGCAGCUCUCCCAGCCAUCUUGUGGCAGCAUCCAGCGAUUUGUUCGCAUCAAGCCUCGUAGAAUCGGAGGUGAAUCCCGCUGAAGGGGCGCCAUCAUGCCCGGACACCUGCAAGAAGGCUUCGGCUGCGUCGUGACCAACCGGUUCGACCAGUUACUGGACGACGAGUCCGACCCGUUUGAGAUCCUGAAAGCGGCUGAAAACAAGAAGAAGGAGGGGGCCGCCGCUGGUUCCGCCAAGUCCGCGGCUCAAGCCGCCAAGCAGCCGAAGAAGGAGUCACAGAAGGACAGAAAGAACCCGCUGCUGGACAAGAAGGACGAGUCCCAGGCUCCGGUCCCACUUAAGAAAGAAGGUAUCAGGCGAGUGGGCCGGAGACCAGACCAGCAGGGCCAGCCUGGUUCCCAGCAUCAGGGUGGGCAGGGUGAAGGGCGACCUGGAGACAAGCGGCCGGACCGGAGACCUCCUCGCGAGCGCCGUUUCGAGAAGCCGCCUGAGGACAAGCCCGAGGGAGGUGGAGAGUUCUCUGCAGACAAGCCUUCUGGAGACCGGCCCCCGAGAGGGCGUGGUGGCGGCCGAGGUGGGCGUGGUGGUGGAAGAGGACGAGGCAUGGGCCGAGGUGAAGGCUUCGACUCCCGUGGGAAACGAGACUUCGACAGACACAGCGGCAAUGACAAAUCCAAUCAGAAAAGCGAGGAAAAGCGCAGCGGCAGCGGCUCACACAGCUGGGGCAACGUGAAGGAGGAAGUGAGUGAGGCUGAACAGACUGCUGCUCCAGAAACGACCCCAGAGGGAGAGGAAAACGCACCUGCCGGCUCCGAGAACAAGCUUUCCAGGGAGAACGAGGCGGAAGAAGUUAAAAACGAAGGCCCCAAAGAGAUGACCCUGGACGAGUGGAAGGCCAUGCAGGACAAGGAGCGCACCAAGGUGGAGUUCAACAUCCGGAAGCCCAACGAGGGAGCCGACAGCCAGUGGAAGAAAGGAUACGUGCUGCACAAGUCCAAGAGUGAAGAUAGGCCUGUUGGAGCUUUGAUCGACGUCGCAGAGACGGAAGCAGAGCCAGCCCCGGUGUUCAGCAAGCCGCUGGGCGCCCCCGACGAGUCCAGUGACCACCACUUCCGCAAACCAGCCAACGACAUCACAUCUCAGCUGGAGAUCAACUUUGGAGACCUGGGCCGCCCCGGACGCGGGCGCGGGGGAGCCCGCGGAGGCAGGGGAGGCCGCGGCGGCGGAGGUGGUGGCGGUGGUGGUGGUGGUGGUGGUGGUGGUGCCGGGGGAGGCACCAGACCGGCACGUGGGGGAGGACGGUCUGAAAAGGCUAGUGGAGUGUCCGUCCCCAACGUGGACGAUCCGGAGGCCUUUCCAGCUCUGGCCUAAAAGGCUCCUUUUCCACCACCAGCCCACCGAUCAGCCCUUCCGGGCCCCUCCUCUACGAGGCUUGCAUGCUUACAUCUUCAAGUAUAUAAGAAAAGAGAAAAAAAAAAGAUUUUAAAUGACAAAAAAAAAAAGACUCAUUCCAUACCACUCACACCACCAGAGGACUAAAAAUGUUACCUGUUUUAAAAGGAGAACAAAAGGCGAGAAAAGGACCUCUUGUUACACUGAAGUUUUGUAUUUAGGAACAUGAAAGCAGGGAUGUUUUCAUACUUUUUUUUUCAGAGAUUAUGCAUACUUCAUUGAUUAUUUUUGUGCUGCUUGAAUUAAUGCAUUUCUGCAAUUAGGUUGAAGUGUGUGUGUAUCUCUUCCCCUGAAGCUUUUGUGCUUUUUUUUUUUUUCCCCUCAUGACUUCAGCUCAGUAUUAUGCGGUCAUCUUAGAAAAUACUUCCUACUGGAGUUUUUCCUCCCAGUAACACACACUGAUGUGGUAGCACUAUACUACAUAGGAUACGUGUACUAGAUAUCUGAAGUAUGGCUAAACAUGCGUUUAAAGUGUAAUUACUCUGAUCCUGACUACCCAUCCCUUUGCGAGCCACAAAUUCAGGAUGGGUAACCAGGCAAAGUAACUUCCGACAAAAGCUUGGUAUUUUUCUGCUUGUUGUGCAGUGAAAGUAACUGCCUCGUUUCCAUUUUUAUUUUUUUGAUAGCUUGCCUUUUAUUUGGUGGACCAGUGGUUAGUGAUGCUUUGUAUCCCCUGAUCCAGAUG